AUGGCUCAGUUGUUGAAUAUUUCGUUUAAGAAGAACGACCUUUACUCUUCGUGGGGUUUUCAAGUAUGUGGUGGAAGAGACAGUUGGCGUCCACUGACCGUGAGAAAUGUCCAAAAUGGCACUUUAGCGUACAACUAUUUAAAUGUCGGUGAUCGUGUCUUAGAGAUCGAUGGCAUAGACUGUUAUUCGUUAACCGAGUCACAGGCAAUUAGUUUCCUCCGGAGGCCGAGUAAUUCGAUUGAACUUUUAAUACUAAAACGACGGGGUGAAAACGUCGUACCGCCCAAAAGGUCAUCGAGCUGUAAAGCUUUACAACAUUUUGUCUUUCCAAAACAUAAUAGUAUAUCAGAACCUAGUUCUCCGCGCCACCAAAUUAUCAAUAAUAAUGUAGAAAUCUCACGUAAUCCAGGAAACGAAUUGCGUGAACUCGAAGAUUCGGAAGAAAACCUAAAACGAUGUUUUGAAGAACCUAACAAAGAAUUUGUCUCGUCACCCAUAAAGAAUGACAAUGAGGUAUUACAGUUUUCCAAUUUCAAACCUCGAAGGAAUUCGUUACAAAAAGACAGUGAACCGCCGGUGUGUCUCAGAAGUCGGUCGAGUUCGCCGCAAUUCUGGAAAACAAAUGUGGAAACUUCGGUCACUGGACCAUCUAGUGAUUGUAAAAGUUUUUGGAAAAAAUUAGAAAAAUGCUCAAUGGAAGACUUGAGUGCCCGUCGCACUCCAAGUCCAGUAAGACCAGCAAGUGUGGCAUUCUAUCCCAAAACACCCGAACCUAUUCAGUCAAAAGAUGAGAUAGUUUCGCCAAAGAAAAAGGUGACUUUCAGCAAUGUAUUGUUGGAGAGAAAUUAUUUGCAAAUGGAUUUACCAGAUUUAUCUCCUGGGUCGAGAGUCGACGAAGAAUUCAAUAAAAUAUACAACAGUUCCCGUCAAGAAGAACAGUAA